CCCGUCCCGUUCUUCCGAAAGCCUGCCACCGUUUGCUGCCUUCUCAGAGAAAGCACAAGACCCGUGCUCCAUUGGCUUGUCAGCCACGCCAGAUAUUUGACUGCUUUCCCCAGCGACCGGCUUCGCCAUUGACAGUGCACCACCGGGCCGCCUGUUUGUUUCUCUGCGGCGGGCGAGAGAUCUCAGAGAUGGCGACCACCACCGGCAGGACGAGCCCCGCGAUGAGCAUGAAGCUGCUGGUGGACGCCAAGGCGGGGCGCGUGCUGUUCGCGGAGGCCGGCAAGGACGUCGUCGACUUCCUCUUCUCCCUCCUCGCCCUGCCCGUCGGCACCGCCGUCAGACUGCUCGGGAGGCGCUCCGUGCCCGGCAGCGCCAGCGACCUCUACGCCAGCGUCCAGAGGCUCGACGCCGCCGCCUACCUCCUGCCCGGCGCCGACAUCGGCGCGCUCCUCCGCCCCGCCGUCCCCUCCAGCAUCCCCCUCCUCUGCUUGCCCGGCCCGUCGUCGUAGUCGGCCGCGUGCAAGCGAUUCUUCUGGUGCGGCGAGGACCACAGCCGCGACUACGGCUACGGCCGCCCCGAGCACAACUCCGGCGGCUCUGGGCAGGCGGCGGUCUCCGCCGCCACGGGAAGGGCGAAAGGGUUCGUGCAGGGCGUCGUGACGUACACGGUCACGGACAACCUCACUGUGACCACCAUGUCCGCCAUCUCCAGCAUCACCCUGCUCAACACCUUCCUCGUCAGGGACCUCAGCGCGCUACAGGAGAAGAUCCUGCGGAUCGGCUACAAGGAGGGUUUGGCGAUUCUCAAGGCGUCGCUGCAGUCCAAGACCGUUCUCACCGACGUCUUCCUCGCCCACAAGGCUCCACGACCAGCUGUCUAAUAAAUUAGGUUCACUGUUAAGUGUUCUUGUGGCCGUGCUUGGUGUUCUUCUCUUAUGCAAUGAUGGAUAUGAUAUGAGUUCAUCCCGCAACUGAU